GCCGCCGUGCCGCGGUGCCCGCCCCCCCGGUGCCUCCCGGUGUCCCGGCCGAGCCGCCCGUGGACCGGCCCGCGCGGAGCUCGCAGCCGGAGGGGCCGGGGACAGGGGCUUCGGCUGCGGGACCGGCCCGGAGGCUGACUCGGCAGCAGUGGAGAAACAAGCAAAAGAACAAAAGGCGCCAGAAGAAUAAGCUCAAAGCAGGACCUGGCGAGGAGAAGGAAGCAGACGUGGAAGCAGGCACGGGAGCAGGUGCUUCGGAGCCGCCUGCCCUGGAAGCAGCCCCUGUGGGGAGGUCGGCAGCCCUGCGUGCACGGAUGGAAGAGCGGCUCCUCUCUGCCCGGUUCCGGUACAUCAACCAGCAGCUCUACACUUCCAGCAGCCAGGAAGCUGUAAAGCUCUUCCAGAACGAUCCCGAAGCUUUCCAAAUCUACCACCGCGGCUUUGCUCAACAAGUGGGGCGCUGGCCGGAGAAUCCCGUGGAUCGCAUUAUCCGUUACUUGCGCAAGAGGCCAGCUUCUCUGGUCGUGGCAGAUUUUGGAUGCGGCGACUGCAAGAUUGCGAGCAGUGUCAGAAACAAGGUUCAUUCUUUUGACCUGGUACCUCUCAGCCCGCUUGUCACUGUGUGCGACAUGGCCAAGGUGCCUUUGGAAGCCGAGUCAGUGGACAUUGCGGUUUUCUGCCUAGCACUGAUGGGCACCAACCUGCAGGAGAUCCUGGAAGAGGCAAAUCGUGUGCUGAAACAGGGCGGUACCCUGCUGGUGGCUGAGGUCGCCAGCCGCUUUGAGGACAUCCGAGCCUUCAUGAGCGCCAUGGCGCAGCUGGGAUUCAAAAGCGUCUCCAAGGAACUGAAGGGCUUCAACUCACUCGAUGACCUUCUCCACGUCAAAGGUAUCACCACCCGCAUCUUGGAGCUGAACAGUCAGCGGAUGACUUGCAGAAGGAGGCCAAGCAGCGAGGAGGCUGCUAGGGUGAGCCCUGGUCUGCAGGGGGACAGUAAGGCUCCUGUGCCUCAGGCAGCAGCCGAGGAGGAAGACGUGUCGGGCCCCUGGGAGCCGGAGCGCGCUGGGGAAGGGAGUCCGGGGUCAGGACCAGAGGCCAAUGGUUCCUGCGGGCAAGAAGAGCAGGAGCCAGUCAGCUCCACGGCCUGUGGGGAGCAGGAGCAGGAGGAGGAGGAGGAGGAAGAAGAGGAAGAGGGGAGCUGCUGCAGCGAGGAAGGAGAAGAUGGCAGCAAUGUCUACUUCUACUACACCAUUGGCGAGCGCUGGAUAGACUACCUGCAGCGGACGGAGGACGGUGCCCUCCUCCGCCACGUGCGGCCCAAGAUGAAACGGAAGUCGGAGAAUGGCCUGGACGGCAGGGCCCUCUCCCCUGGUAAAAAGCUGUGCAAGGGCUCUGAGUACAGCAGGACCCUGGGUCCCUGCAUGCCCAGUCCCACCACCACCUUUGGGGACCUGCGCAAUGCUAAGGCAGGCCAGGCACGGCGCCGCCGCAUCCCCUCUGUUGCUCCUCCCCCUGAGCUGCAGGACUGGCUCCGCACCUUCCAGCGGUGGAGCGGCCCAGAGAAGCUGCUUGCUCUGGAUGAGCUCAUUGAUCGCUGCGAGCCCUCACAAAUCAAGUACAUGAUGCAGGUCAUUGAACCACAGUUCCAAAGAGACUUCAUUUCCCUGCUGCCCAAGGAGCUGGCACUCUAUGUCCUCUCAUUCCUGGAGCCUCGGGACCUGCUCCGUGCUGCCCAGACCUGCCGCUACUGGAGGGUCUUGGCUGAAGAUAACCUGCUUUGGAGAGAGAAAUGCCGUGAGGAAGGCAUUGAGGAGCCCUUGAACCUACGGAAGCGGCGCCUACUGAGCCCUGGGUUCAUGUACAGCCCCUGGAAAUUCGCCUUUAUGCGGCAGCACAAAAUCGACAUGAAUUGGCGCAGCGGGGAGCUUAAAGCCCCCAAGGUGCUGAAGGGACACGAUGACCAUGUCAUCACCUGUCUGCAGUUCUGCGGCAACCGGAUCGUCAGUGGCUCAGAUGACAACACACUCAAAGUGUGGUCGGCUGUCACUGGAGAGUGUGUGCAGACGCUGGUUGGCCACACAGGGGGUGUCUGGUCUUCCCAGAUGAGGGACAGCAUUGUCAUCAGUGGCUCUACGGACCGGACACUCAAAGUGUGGAACGCAGACACAGGCGAAUGUGUGCACACGCUGUAUGGGCACACGUCCACAGUGCGCUGCAUGCACUUGCAUGGGAACAGGGUUGUGAGUGGCUCGCGGGAUGCCACUCUGCGCCUCUGGGACAUCGAGACUGGGCAGUGUCUGCAUGUGCUGAUGGGGCACGUGGCUGCCGUGCGCUGUGUGCAGUACGACGGGCACAAGGUGGUGAGCGGCGCAUAUGACUACACAGUGAAAGUCUGGGACCCUGAGAGCGAGAGCUGCACUCAUACGCUGCAGGGACACACAAACCGCGUCUACUCCUUGCAGUUUGAUGGGACGCACAUUGUGAGUGGCUCUCUGGACACAUCAAUCCGAGUGUGGGACGUAGAGAGUGGAAACUGUCUACACACGCUCAUGGGGCACCAGUCGCUCACUAGUGGCAUGGAAUUACGUGACAACAUCCUUGUGUCUGGCAAUGCUGACUCCACGGUGAAAAUCUGGGACAUCAAGACGGGCCAAUGCCUGCAAACACUGCAGGGGCCCAGCAAGCACCAGAGUGCGGUGACCUGCCUACAGUUCAGCUCCAAGUUUGUGGUGACCAGCUCGGAUGAUGGUACUGUCAAGCUCUGGGACCUCAAGACGGGCGAAUUUGUGCGCAACCUGGUUGCACUGGAGAGCGGGGGCAGCGGGGGUGUAGUGUGGCGCAUCCGUGCCUCCAACACCAAGCUCGUGUGUGCAGUGGGCAGCCGCAAUGGGACAGAGGAGACCAAGCUGCUGGUGCUGGACUUCGAUGUGGACCUGAAAUGAACCUGGCUGGUGCAGGCUAGGAGGGAGGAUCCCGCGGGCUGGGCGUAGCAGCUGGUCUUGGUGGGGCUGGCCCCGGAGCAGGCGCUAGCUCCCCGCGGGCUGUAAAUACUGUUUGCAGCUGUCUGGGCCUUAUUUAUAUAUGUGUGAACUCCCUGUGGGGAGCCUGCGCCCGGCUGGGGCACUGUACAGAGGAAGCAGCAUGUUUUGUACACUAAUAUAUCGAUUUAUUUCUGUA